GCCGCUUGGCCGGGUGCAGACCUGUCGCCAAAGAGGAAAACUCGAGCUGGAGGCGGAGGAGGCGUGCGGGAAGCCGGUCCGCAAUGAGCCUCUCCAUCAGGGCAGCGUGGCUUCCUGGGCACCUCCCGAGGCUCUUUCCCACCCAGGUGCCCUGAAGAUGUGCUGGGUUGGAGCGGAAACAUUUUAUACCCAGACUCCCUGAUGCGUCUCAGAAAAAUGACGUGUGCACAGCGAUAGGUUUCCACACGUGAAUUGUCAACUAGGGCAAAUUGUCACCAAUGGCAGUAAAACUGGUUUUCUGUGGGUCAAGGUCUCAUGGACUAAUAGACUCUCGUUCAGCUGGAACCUAACAGAUAAGUCAUCCUUCUGUGUGUGAAGACAAUGCUUGGGUUUAAAACUGCUCUGAAAAUGAUGAAAGCAGGAUCGCCCCGGUGACGCUGUCAAGGGGCAACGAGCAGCUUGAGAAUUUCCUCUUCUCCAGGGAGCAGCUUGAAGGAGACCCCUUUCCAUUAAGGAGGACUGUAUGGCAGGCAGCCCCCACUGACGGCUGGAAAAUGAGUGUUCCGGUAGCUCCUAAGAAGUCAUGUUACAAUGAAUUGCGGGACAGCAGAAACGGAGCAAAAAAUAAUAACGACCGAGUCCUGAGUUUGGGAGAUGCCAAUGCCAACCCCAUCAUGUUGGAAGUUGGCUCCUCUUCUGAUGAGCCUGCCACGUGUGCUCUGCCAGAGGAAGUUGGAAAUGCAAAUUUGAGGGGACCAGAGAGUAGUCCCCGUGUCCCGAAGGAGUUUCACCCACUUCAGGGCUUUGCAAAGCCAUCUCAGGCUGGCCCCACCAGCCUGAAGGAUUUUAAAUUCUCUCCGAUGGCUCAGAGAGAACGGAAUGAAGAGCCCGAGCUGGAGAGAGGCGCAGACCACCCCCAGGCCCUUCGGGGUCUCCAGGGGCCAGGUCUGCCGAGUCGGAGGACUGUCAUGAUGGGCGAGUCCAGCCUGGAGGUUCCGGCUAAGCGGGAGGCUGAUGUCCCGCGGCCUGUCCCCAAGGAUAAGUCGGCCAAGACCCUUGACAAUGAGGAACUGAGGAGGCAUUCUUUGGAAAGAGCUGGCAGUUCUGCUGCAGCAGUGGAGGUGCUCACAACGGAGCGGGCUGGGGGCCUGGCCUGGCCGCUUCCACAGUCCACAGGGCUGGGGUCCCCAGAAGCCCCGCAUCCAGUGCCCGGUGGUGGGGAGGGGCCACUGAAGACGGGGACAGCCCCUUCUCCAGGGCUGCCUUGUCCUCUGGUGGAUGGGACCUCAGAGGGAAAAGGCGCACGUCAUCCUAAACCAUCUACCUCAGUAACCAUGGAGACCGUCCCCUUAGAGACCCAGCCAGAGAGGGGACGGGUACCCAAGGUCAGCGCCCAGAGCACAGUACCUUCUGCCCAUCCAGAAUGCGCUCUUGAUUGCUCUCCAGCCCUGAAGGAUGUCCUGAGGAGGCCAGAAGCACAAGCAGGUCCGGGGAAGGUGGAGCCCAAGACAGAGCUCAAACCUGUCCAGCCCAGUGCCGUGCAGGAGUUCAAAUCCAGCCAGGUCGGGGACCUGGGGUGUCGUCAGGGGCAUGGCGUGUCACCUCUUGGGAGAAAGGAGCUAGCUGGGGAGGCACAGGCAGGAGCCUCGGCUUCUGGGUUGAGCAGCCUUGCACAUGGCGUUCCCCACCCUCCGGGCGCGGGAAGAGACAGAGGUGAGCCGGAGAAGGGAGGUGAGGACGGGUCUCUCCGAACCACCCCCAAACCGAGCCCUGGUUCCUCACUAGCUGCAGGUCAGCAACCCACGGCCAGAAGUUUGCCGAGCGCAGCUUGGAAGCUGGGUGAAAUGGUGCCCAAUGGUGUGUCACCAGGGGAUGGUCACGUAGCUUUUGUUCCUGGAGAUUCGACUGACGGCAGGCCCUCUGGUGCCAGUGAUGAGAGAGGUGUCCUGAGAGAUGGGAACAAUGUCAGCAUUAUGGUUUUUGACUCAGAUUCCUCUUUUGGAGAGAGAGAAACCGGGGUCCCUGAGCCCCCCGCCCCUCCAAGCAGCCGUUCAGAGGCUGAGGAAGGCCAAGAGGUCUCUCUAUCUGUUGCAGAGACCAGGAACCAUCUAGAACCUUCAGUGAAGACUGAAAGCCCCUCCCCAGUGAGGGCAGAUGUCCUUCUUGGUGUCCCCGCGUCCCUCCACCCAGAGACAACUGUGAAUGUGGCCCGCCAGCCCCCGCCACCCAGCAGCCACUUUCAGGACUUGGGCGCAUCGAGUGUGGAUGUGGGGUCCCCCCCGGCCGCCCUGCCUCCCACUGACAGCACCGGGUUGUCACACACCUCCCCCAAAGUGCCUGCCAAGAACGCCUGCCCUGGGGGCCUCCCCCGUCUGGAGGACACACCCGCCUCACUGGAGGGGACGGUGGGCCCUCCAGUUGAGAAGAGGGAAGAGCGGGCGGACCCCAGGCCCGUUGUGAUGCCCAAGCCCAAGCACGUGAGGCCCAAGAUCAUCACCUACAUCCGGAGGAGCCCGCAGGCCCUUGGCCAGGUGGACGCGUCGCUGGUUCCCAUGGGGCUCCCUUAUGCUCCGCCCGCGUGCAGCGUGGCUCUUCCUAAAGAGGACAAGGCAGCAGGUGGUGACCUGAAGCCAGCUGCUGGCCUCUACGAGAAGUUCAAGCCAGACCUACAGAGGCCCCGGGUGUUCAGCUCUGGACUAGUGGUAUCGGGGAUCAAGCCCCCAGGACAUCCCUUCAGUCCAAUGAGUGAGAAGUUUUUGCAGGAGGUUGCAGAACGCCCUGGAAAAGAAGAAUUUUGUUCUCCUCCCUAUGCUCAUUAUGAAGUUCCCCCAACUUUCUAUCGAUCGGCCAUGCUCCUUAAGCCCCAGCUGGGAUUGGGUGCGAUGUCACGUUUACCGUCUGCCAAGAGCAGGAUCCUGAUUGCGAGUCAGAGGUCUUCAGCGGGUGCCAUCCACCCACCGGGAACCAUAGCCGCAGCUGCCAGUCUCUACAGUUCCGACCCUGCAGCAGAUUUAAAGAAAGCUUCCAGUUCAAAUGCUGCAAAAUCCAACCUACCCAAAUCUGGACUUCGUCCUCCAGGCUACUCGCGUCUCCCUGCAGCCAAGCUGGCAGCCUUCGGCUUCGUCCGGAGCUCCAGCGUGUCCUCGGUGUCCAGCACCCAGUCGGCGGACAGCGCCCAGCCCGAGUCUGGCCGGCUGGCCAACCGUUCAGCCUUUGGAACUGAAGACCAACCGCCUCUAAAGGCAGCUCUCCCUGCCAAAGACACAACCAAAGGGGCCAGCCGGGUGGCCCCUCCGGCUUCUUCCAGUGCGACAACACCCCGCAGGAGUUUGCUUCCGGCGCCGAAAUCCACAUCCACACCGGCUGGCGCCAAGAAAGAAGUACAAAAAGAGCAAGAUGCCAAUAAACCUGCAGUUUCAUCUCCUAAGAGGACAGCGGCUUCAAGCGCCAAGCUUCAUUCGCCAGGUAUUUAA